UGUGGAGCUGCUAAUCAUCCAGGCCUAGAGAACGGAGGUGGAAGGGGAUCUCCUCGGGUUCGUUUUCGGGGCAAUGGGACCCGGCCAUCGACAACUGAUUGUGUGGGAGCUCUCGGUCCCCUUCGUGCAGCUAAUCGACGAUCUCCCCCUCGACAUCAUAUCGCAGUGCGACGAAAGCCCGGUGCCGCACGUCCUUCCGCGGAGGUUGACGCAGUAUCUGCAGUGGUCGGCCUGUUUGGAGGAGAGAGGAGGAGGUGGCAACUACCCGUUGCGAUCGGAGUACCAGAAUCCCCGGGGGAUCAUCGACAUCCUUUUCUUCCAGCCCCGGGCGCUGUCUGAAGGCGAGGCGAUAACGGUGGAGGAAGAAGAAGAGGAGGACGAGGAGGACGAAACCUCAGAGGAAAGGAGUUACUUUGAGCACAGUGAAGAGAAGCCGAGCGGAGAAGAAGAAGAGGAAGAAGAAAAUCAGGAGGAGGAAGAGGAAGGAUUUGAGUGGGAAAGUCUGGGUGAGGAGGCGGGCCGCGCAGAGGUCCAGGAAGAAGAUCCCGAGGUGGUAGCGUGGCCGAGAGAAGAAAUCACGGUCGGGAAGCAGCCGCUGGAGUACGCGAGCGGCGCGGAUCUACCGAUCCCAGACGAUCCGACCAGGGAUCCCGAGCCACCCAAGGACGGCAAUGGGGACCCUUCUGCCGAGACUUCGAGUGCGCAAGCAAGGAGGCGACGGAGUCGAUCCCCCUCCCCCUCCACCCGUCCCCCAGUUCGCACACGUACCGAUGCAGGGCAUCGGGCUUCGUCCCCGGUCGUUAUCACGUCAUCCCCUUGAUUACCUCACCCUUCGGCAGAUCACCGCCUUGAUCUCCUUUCCCCACAACCCCUUUCCCACCGACACCUUCCGUCACUUCUACGCUAACCGCCUCG